ACAAUCCCGAUCGUCAAAACCGACAUUGUUGUUGAUUUAGUAUCGUUUCUACAUCAACCCAAGUCGUUGAGACUCAGGAAUUAUUAUUUCCGCAACCCUUUUAAGUUAUAAGAGUCACGCUUAUAACUUAAAAAUCAACAACAAAAUGGAGAAGGUCAAGGUCAAAUUCCAGUUCGCCGCAGAAGCCUGGGAUGCCAAGACGACCGUCAUCAAGGUUAAAUCCAUCCAAGUAUUGGAACAGGAACAAAUUUUUUCUUUUGAACAAAAAGAUCAACCGAUUUCGAACCAUGCUGAGCUGGCCAAAUUACCAGUGGUCAAAGGAAUUAUCAAGAGUCUGGAUAAAAGAGGGAAGCAGAGAAAAGCUAUCGUCUCACUGGACGCGCAUCUGCAAAGGUUAUACUUCGAUGAGGAGGGUAAUGUAGUGUUCAACGAUCAUUACCUGGAGGAAAUAGAAACCCCCCAACCCACUCCAAACUCAUCCAGUUUAACAGUUCCGGCACGUGAAACCCCGAUCCAAUCGAUUUCGAAGGGCAUUUUAUUAGAAAAAUUUUCAAACAGAAAUCAGAACGCAAAAUCAUGGCUCACUUUAUUUGUUCUUGAAUGUGAAAGAUUUAAAGUGGAAGAAAAUCAAUUCCCCGAGGUUCUGAAACUAGUUUUAGAAGGACCAGCCAUAGACUGGUUUACAUCAAUUUUUAAAACUUAUGGUAUGACGAAACCUUGGAGCUUUUGGGAAAGUUCCUUUCUGGAAACAUUCGGGGAAAAAUCGUGGUCAGAGGUCGAAUACGCUUACUCUUUUCGUUGGAUAAGUGGACCAUAUUUAGAUUUUGCAUUAAAAAAGAGAAACCUAUUAAUAGAUGCAGAUCCAGAAUUAGGCGUCAGUUCACAAAUAAAUUUUAUCGUUAUUGCCCUGCCAAAAUUUGUUCGAUCACACCUUCAUAAACGUGAAUUGAAAACAAUAGAAAAUUUAAUGUCUAGUCUGAGUCAACUUCAACCAAUAUCAAACAAUAACAGCUCACGUAUAGAAAUAAAUAAGCAAAAUCGAAAGUUCGAUCCAUGUCGUAUUUGCGAGAAAGCCGGGUAUAAAAAUAGAUUCCAUCCAGAGGAAAUUUGCAGAAAUGCAAGAUCAGCGAUUAUCAAAUCUGCCGAAUCAAAAAACUAG